AAAAAUUAUUAAAUGGAAGUCUAAUAAUCUUUGACUGUUUGUGUAACUGGUGCUGCAGGAUAAAUUGCCUACAGUUUUAUUCCACUACUUUUGUCUGGUUAAGUUUUUGGUUAGGUUAAAAUCAACUUAAGAUUAUUGGAUAUUCCAAAAAUGGAAACAGCAUUAAAAGGAGUUGUAAUGGAAAUUGAAGAUUGUGCUUAUCCUUUAAUUGGAGAUAUUCAAUCUGGUUCAAAUCCUAAAGAAUUAUUUAAAAAUUGCGAUUUAAUAGGUAAUAAUAUAUUUUAUCUUAAGUAUUUUUGGGAGGAUUUCCUCGCUUACCAGGAAUGGAGAGAAAAGAUUUAUUAUAAAAAAAUGCUAAUAUUUUUAAAGAGUAAGGAGAAGCAUUAUAAGAAGUAGGAAAAGACGAUGUAAAAUGUUUGGUUGUUGCAAAUCCUGCAAAUACAAAUUGUUUAAUUUUAAGUAGAUAUGCAACUAAGUAUAUUAACAAUUUUAAUUUAGAAUUCCUCGUUAAAAUUUUACUUGUUUAACUCGUUUAGAUUAGAAUAGAGCAUAUGCAUAAGUUGCUUAAGCAUUAAAUAAACCAUUAAGUAGCCUUAAGAAUAUCAUAAUUUGGGGUAAUCAUUCAACUACUCAAUAUCCUUCUAUUGAACAUGCAACAGCUGAUGGAUAAUCUUUUGUUUUAACAGAUUAAGGUUAAUUUAUAGAAAGAAUUUAAAAAAGAGGAGCUGAAGUUUUAAAUGCUAGAGGUAAUAGUAGCGUUUUUUCUGCUGCAAAUGCUGUAAAAGGUAUUUUUUAUUAAUACUAUUAUAGAUCAUAUAAAAGAUUGGUUUAAUGGAAGAGAAGAUACUUUAUUGUCUCUUGGAGUUCUUUCAAAUGGAGAAUAUGGUGUGUAAAGUGGAUUAUGUUUUUCAUUUCCAAUUAGAUGUUCUGGUGCAUUUAAAUAUGAAAUUGUUUCAAAUUUAGAAUUGAGUGAUUUUUCUAAAUAAAAACUAAAAGUAACUGAAGAAGAACUUAUAUAAGAAAAGGGUUUAGCAGAAUCAAUUUGAUUGAUAAAGG